AUGUCAGUGAACAUUGAUCAUAUAAUAAAGGCAAGCAAAGAUUUCUAUGAUGAGAUUCAUGAAGAAUUAUCGUCUACAAUCAAGAGGAAAUAUGAUAAUAAAAGUAAAACAUUUGCACAAUUGAAUAAAUAUAAAGAUGAAGAAUUACCAGAAUUACUUAAAACUAGAUAUGAAGAAACCGAUAGUAUUUGGAUAACUAAACAAGAAUUAAUUAAUUUAGUUGAUUUAAAAUUAGCAAAAGGGACAUUUCGUCCAAUGCUUCCUAAAUUUAUUAAAUCUAAUGAAGAUGAUUAUAUUGAAGAAUGUACAAAAUCUGGAUUUCAAUAUAUGUUAGAUUUUAUAAAUGAACAUAAGAAUCCUUCUAAAGAAUUUUGGUCAGAAGUUAAAGAUGAAAUUAAAUAUGAAUAUGUUGAUGCUAUAGAGAAAUGUUUUGAUGAAUUUUGUAAAUUAAAAGGAGUUGGUCCUUCAACUGCUAGUUUAAUUGCAAGUUUAUUAAUUAAAAUUAGUCCAAUUUUUAGUCCUCCUUAUUUCAGUGAAGAAGGUUUUUCAUUUUAUGUAUUGGAUGCAUAUGAAGGUGGAUCAGAAAUGAAGAAGAUUAAAUAUGAUACUAAAGAAUAUGUUGAACAAUAUUUACCUGUUUAUUUUGAAUUAAUGGCUCAACAUCCAGGUAUUACUUUUGAUACUUUGGAAAAAGGUGGUUGGGCAUUGAAAAUAUAUCAAAAGAAACGUACUGAAAAAUUAGAGAAUCUCGAACCGGAUUUCGAUGAUGAUCAGAUUCAUGCAUUGGUAUUAGAUAAACAACCAAAUUUAGAUGGUAGACCCAAAAAACCAAAGAAAAAGAGACAAAAGAAAGCAUAG